AUAAAUAGGUGAAGAGGGGCAGCGGAGACCUCUUGCACUUUCUUGGCAGCGCGCAACGCAACGACCAGUUCUCGCCGAGCGCCAUGGCUCGACACGCGUAUUUGUGUCUUGGUGUGCUGCUGCUCGCCUAUUAUGUUAAUAGCGAGAUUCGAGUGAAAAGACAAGAGGAAGACGGUGGUGGUGACGACGCAAGCCCUGAACAGCUAUGCGAGGGCCGUCCCGCUGAUGAAUACUUCCGCCUUACCACCGAGGGUGACUGCCGCGACGUAGUCAGGUGUGACAAGGGCGGUGAGGACGGCGUCACCAGGCUCGCCUCAGUGAGGUGCCCCGGCGGUCUGGCCUUCGAUAUCGACCGUCAAACCUGUGACUGGAAAACACACGUUAAGAAUUGCGAUAAAUUAGAAAAACCAAGAAAAGUGUUACCUAUCCUGAAGACUGAUGAACCUAUUUGCCCAGAAGGAAAAUUAGCUUGCGGAAGUGGUGAUUGCAUAGAAAAAGAACUGUUCUGUAACGGAAAGCCCGAUUGCCAAGAUGAAUCCGAUGAGAAUGCAUGUACUGUGGAGCUGGACCCCAACAGAGCACCUGACUGUGAUCCUAAGCAAUGCGCAUUGCCCGACUGCUUCUGCUCUGCCGAUGGCACUCGUAUUCCAGGAGGACUAGAACCAAAUCAAGUACCCCAAAUGAUAACAAUUACAUUCAACGGAGCAGUCAACGUAGACAAUAUUGAUUUAUAUGAACAAAUUUUCAACGGAAACCGUUACAACCCCAACGGCUGUCAAGUUCGCGGAACAUUCUUCGUAUCCCAUAAAUAUACUAAUUACGCUGCUGUACAAGAAUUACAUCGCAAAGGUCAUGAAAUUGCAGUAUUUUCGAUAACACAUAAAGAUGACCCACAAUACUGGUCAAGCGGUUCCUACGAUGACUGGCUAGCAGAAAUGGCCGGUGGACGUCUCAUUCUUGAACGUUUUGCCAAUUUGACUGACGCCUCCAUUAUUGGAGUGCGUGCUCCAUAUUUGAGAGUAGGUGGAAACAAGCAAUUUGAAAUGAUGGCUGACCAAUAUUUCGUAUAUGACGCUUCUAUUACUGCUCCUUUGGGUCGUGUCCCCAUCUGGCCUUACACGCUGUAUUUCCGUAUGCCACAUAAAUGUAAUGGAAAUGCUCACAACUGUCCAUCGAGGAGCCACCCAGUCUGGGAAAUGGUUAUGAACGAGUUAGACAGAAGGGAUGAUCCCACUUUCGAUGAAUCUCUCCCAGGUUGUCACGUGGUCGAUUCUUGUUCUAACAUCCAAACUGGUGAUCAGUUUGCCCGUCUUCUGCGUCACAACUUCAACCGUCACUAUUCGACCAACCGCGCUCCUCUUGGUCUCCAUUUCCAUGCUUCGUGGCUUAAAUCGAAGAAAGAAUUUAGAGAUGAAUUAAUCAAGUUUAUCGAAGAGAUGCUGGAGAAGAAUGAUGUUUAUUUUGUAUCUUUACUUCAAGUUAUUCAAUGGAUGCAAAAUCCUACCGAAUUAUCAUCACUUAGAGACUUCCAAGAAUGGAAACAAGACAAAUGUGACAUCAAGGGUCAACCUUACUGUUCUUUACCCAACGCCUGCCCAUUGACAACGCGGGAAUUACCAGGAGAAACAUUACGUUUGUUUACUUGCAUGGAAUGCCCCAAUAAUUAUCCCUGGAUUUUGGAUCCUACGGGAGAGGGCUUCAACGUUAAGAAGUGAUCUCUUUAAGUUAACUUAAAAGACUGUAAACACAUGUAAAUAAUACUCAAUAAUGUUAUAAAUAAUGAUGACAAUGAUGGUGUGGCAGGUCGGCGACGUCAACAUUACUAAAUAUUUUCAAUAUUGUACUUUUCUUUCCACCUAUCGCAUUCGUAAGAUCUUACCUCAAAAUCUUGUUUCUAAACUUUUUUAUUCAUAGUUGAUGUUAUGAUACAAUGGUGUAUCAUGAGCUAGAUACCGAACAAAUGCUACCCUUUUUAUAACAAAGAUUUUAUGUUACAUAGUCUUCGUUUCGUUA